GAGAUGAUCCAGCAAGAAAGCAAAAGGGCACGUUCUACUUUGUUCCUGGAGUCUUCGUUGUUGGAAGCCUUCGGCUUUAGCAUUUUCCACCUCCAAGUCUCUUCCUCUCCUGAGAUCAGGUCCUCGCAUUCAGGUAAAUGGGUCUGGGUACACUACUUGAAGGCUUUCUGCUUCUUGCAAAUGCAGUGGCGAUUUUAAAUGAGGACCGCUUCCUUGCGCCUAGGGGAUGGAGCCUCUCAGAAUUCUCAGGGGGCAGGACAAAAUCAGUCAAGGGACAGAUUAUAGGUCUCAUCUACGCAACACAAUACUUGAGAGUUCCUCUUGUGCUACUCAAUACUGUCUGCAUCGUUCUAAAAUUGAUAUCUGGAUGAUUCCAAAUGAGGUUAUUUGUUCAGAAGAUUCGUCGAAUUGAUAUUAGGAAUCGGCCAAAAUGGAUCUCUCGUUUCUCGGAAGGCUGAAGCAUUAGGUUGAUGGAUAUUGUUUGAAUGCUGUAUUUUUGAAGUAGUUCUUGUUCCUCAUUGUUCAGAAGCUGUUUGGCUUUAGAUAUUAAUUGGGUGGUCAGGCCAUCUCAAGGUAAAAUUCAUUUUUACGGUGUAAUUUCCUCGAAGGUAUUAACUUUUCCAACAUUUUAACGCCAAAUUCGGUCCCCGUAA